AAGUUUCUCAAUAAUCCUCUCACCUCUCCAUAUUCUUCCACUCCCUCUCUCCGUCCUUCACCCUCUUUCUAAAAAUGGAUUUUGUUCCUCUACUUCAAGCAACCGGAAUCCUUGUAGCCCUACUUGUACUCUCCAAAAUAUGGAUGUCCAAGACCGGUACCCAAGCCCCCGAACCGAAAGGUGCGUGGCCGAUCAUCGGCCACCUCCACCUCCUCGCCGGCCAAACCCCACUCUUCCGAACCCUCGCCGCCAUGGCCGACCGGCACGGUCCCAUAUUCACAAUCAGACUCGGGUUCCACCGAGCCAUCGUGGUGAGCAGCAAAGAAACAAUCACCGAAUGCUUCACUGUCAACGACCGAGCUUUCAUGUCUCGGCCCCAAACCGCAGCACUCAAAUACAUGGGCUACAAUGGCGCCUUUUCCGCUUUCGGACCUUCCGAUGACUACUGGCGCGAGAUUCGUAAACUCACCACCCAAGACCUCCUCUCUAACCGCCAUUUGGAGUCGUUGAAGCAUGUCCGAGCCCUGGAUGUGGACUUGUCGAUCAAAGAGCUCUAUUUAUUCUGCAUCAAAAAUGAGUGUAAGGUGAAAGUGAGUGAAUGGUUUAGGCAAGUGACGAUGAACUUGAUGCUACGGGUGAUUGCGGGGAAGCGAUACAGCUUCGGUGACAAUGAGGGAGACAAGGAGGCAAGGCAGUUCGCGAGAACGAUGGACGAGUUCAUGUAUUUGGCUGGUGUUUCUGAGUGUUCGGAUGUGAUUCCCGGGAUUGAAUGGUUGGAUUUGCAGGGUAAUGUGAAGGCUAUGAAGAGGAAUGGUAAAGAGAUGGAUUAUUUCAUGAGUAUGUGGCUUGAAGAACAUGUGCAGAGCAGGAAAGAAGGGAAGGUGAAGAAAGAUGAAAGAGACUUCAUGGAUGUGUUGUUGUCUUGCUUCCCUGAGGAUGGUGAUGGGUUGGUGUUUGGACACAAGAGCCAGGACAUCAUCAAGGGAACUGCUUUGGUACACUCAAAUUCCUUGCCUUCUCUAAAGAGUAUUUUCUUUUUUUUUGCCUCACAUCUCUAAAAAGUUUAUAAGUAUUAAUUUGGACCCUUUUGGUUAAGGCAUAUAAGUGAGAUUAUUUCAUUCUUAGCAUAAUAUAAGUUAAAAAGUUAUUUUAGCCAAUAAUAAUGUUCGUAAAUGAAAGGUUCAUAGUUCAGAUAAGGCGAUAAUGUAGUGAGUGAGACAUCAAGCUAGUGAAUUGAUGGGUAUGCUUCUCAAGAGUCAUCCAAU